AGUCCCUGGCAGAAAGCAGAAAGCAGCGUUGUGUCCCCAUUCACUGUGCUGACUCUGCAGGUACAUACACACACAUACGUAUGUAUUAACAAAUAUAUAUAUAUAUCUAGCAUUUUGAUUUCAUUCGUCUUCUCCCAUGCCCGUCAACGCAGCCGGUGGCACCGGUGAUGAGCGGCGGCAGCGGCUGCGCGACCAGAUGAAAGCGUUCUACGGUGACCCCAACGCGUCUGCGAAACGCGCCGCAUCGCAGGGCGCCGCCCAAGGCAAUCCGCACAUCCCCCCGGAGCUGGACCUGGACUCCGAGCACUUCAACGUGAACCGCUACACGACGGAUCUGCUGAAGCGCGAAAGCCUGAAAGGCCUGGUCGAGACGGACACCGACCUGCUGCGGCGCGUACGGAAGCUAGACGGGGAGCUGCAGGAGUUGGUGUACCGCAACUACGCUCGCUUCAUCUCCGCCACGGACACGAUCCGGGAAAUGAAGGACAACGUGGUGGAGAUGGACGCGAAGCUGCAGACGCUCUCGUUGAACGUGAGCACCAUCGACGACGUGUCCAGCCAGAUUAGUCAGCAGCUGCAGGUGCACCGCAGUCACAUCGAGGCGACCAUCACGGCAAACCGAAUGCUGAAGAAGGUGCAGUUCCUCACGAGUCUGCCGACGACGAUGCGCCGGCUGAUCGACAAGGAGGAAUUCAACGUCGGGGUGAAGUACUGGGUAGCGGGGGAUGGGUUCUUGACGAAGCACAAGUCGAUUGCGAGUAUUACACAGAUUCAGCAGAGCUGCUGUCAGCUGGCCGGCGAGCUGUACCGCGCGAUUGAGCAGCGCAUGUGCUCGUACCCGCUGGACGAUCCGGACGCCAUGGAUCGCAUUCGCAGCUACGUCGAGGAUCUGCGACUGCUGCGGGCGACCUCGCUUUUUGAGUCGGAGCACAUGGCCGACCAGCCGCCCUUUGAGGAGGCGGUCCUGCGGACGCUCAUGAGGAGCGUGACGGCGAGCUUCCAGGUGAACGUGGCGACUACGCAGCGCAGCCUGAAGGCCGCCUUGGUGAUUCCGGAGGACAUCGCGGAAAUGGAGCUGGCGAAGCGCGAGGCGUCGCUCAGCCAAGUGAACCUUCGGGAGCCACUCGCGCAGCUCAAGAACGCGUGUGCGAUGCUCGCCGUCAACUCGGAACGUGUCUACGCCCUGCUCGACGCAAGCACCAGCGACGCGGAAGCAUCGAGCGCAGCGGCGCAGGUUGCGAAGGAUAUUCAGCCGGUGUUGAUGGACAUGCUGCCAUCGCUCGCGCAGUCGUUGGCAGACUUCACGCUGGCGCAUCUGGAUGCGAUUGCGAUGGACGGGGGGUCGGCCAUGCGGAACCCCGCCGCGAGUGCGGAGGCUCUGCAGUCCGCCACUACGCGCCUCGCAAAGCUGCUAAAGCAGUUUGUCACGGCGAUGACGACGCUGGCGGAGAUUUACCUCUCCCCGUUGGUGCCCGCCUCCACCACAGCCUCUGGUGCAGCUGCCGCUGCUGCCGGCUCUCCUGUCUCCAACGACAACGCCGUGCAGCGCUACAUCGGUGUGGUGCACGACGCCGCGCGUGGCGUGCUUCAGCAGGGCUACCAGCGAAUGAAGGAAAAGGUUUUGCAGUUGCCGGAUGCCGCCACGUUAAAGGCGUGUGUGCCGCUGCCCGUCGCCAACACCAGCGUUGUCUCGGCGAUGCCGCCCAUGGACGACGACCACGCGCAGAAGCUCGCCUUUGUGCUCACCCGUUUUCUGUACGCGUCGCUGUCGCAGAGCACGGCGAACGCGCUGCGCGGCAUCCUGCUCGGCGAGGACGGUCUGCCGAUGGAGGUGCUGGCGGAGACGCUGGUGGGCUUCGAGCGGGUGGCGCAGCAGCUGCAGCACCGUGCGAUCAUUCUCCUCGGUCAGUUGGAGGUGCAGUCGAUCUACACGGCCGCGUUUGGUGGCGCGAGCAGCGAGGAGAGCGGUCUCACCCGCGAUGCCUGUGCUGCCGCUGCCGCUGCCGCUGCUGUUGGGGCCGCGUCGACGAGCACGCCCGCUGUGCAGACAACGUUGCUGCAGCUGCUGCCGGAGUGGUCCACCGUGUACGACACCGUUAAGGUGCUGCCUACUGUGGCCGCCGCUGCAGCAGCGAGUUACCGCCACUACAGCUCCUCUGUAGCUGGAGGACGAGGAAGCACCGUACCCGUCGGCUCCCCGGUCCUGCGCCGUCGCGAAACGACCGGCAUUACGGGGACGACGACGACGACAGGAGGCGGCGGUGCAGGCUCCGGCUAUCGAGUGGCCUACGGUGGCGGCUUGGGAAGGGGCAGCAGCUCCAACGCCGCGUACAGCGACCACCGUGGCACGGGUACCAACACAGGCGGCGGGGGCUCUUCGCAUCUGAAGCUAAGCGGCAAACUCGCGGUGGCCUACACACGCCAGGUGAUGUCCGCCCUGCAGCUGAGCGUGAACAACAUCUUUGCCAACACAGAAGUAGCGCUGCGGACUGAACCGGUGGCGGGGCCGCCGUCGCUGAUCAUGGCGUGUGUGGUGCGGUACGUCCUGCAGGGGAUCGUAGACAGGGUGCGCGACGAGGAGGCCUACAGCGCGGCGCAGUUCCAGCGGCUGCAGGUGAGCUGCACCUUCCUGCUCCACGCGCUGCACGCCCCGGCGAAGGGCACUGCGCCACGGCAGUGGCGGAAAGAGUGGUCCGCGGAGGACAUGGCAGCCGUCCAACGCCUGCUGGACGAGGCCUGCGCCUGCGCGUACGAGAAGUACGAAGCGAAGGUGCCGCUGUCGGCCGCCGUGCUCGAGACGGUCGUCGAGGCGGCCGUGCGAGGGGGGCGGGCGUCGUUGAUGGCCGGCACUGCAUCGCCGAACAGCGCGGACACGGCAGCCGCGAUGGUCCGUGCGAUGCCCACGGUGCAAUCCCCCCACGACGGCGACGACGCCGCGCUGUCCAUCCCGCCGGCUCUGCAGCGCACGUCUGCGAAGACAGAAGCGGCAGGGGCUCCGUCGCCGGUGCGGCACGACGACCCGCUCCAGACCCCGCAGCAGAGCAGCGCCUCUGCCCCGUCGCCCACGUUCAGCGCGUCGACGAGUCGAAGCUCGAGUCAGCCGAUGAGCCCCGCGGCGCCGCCGGUGACGGCGGCCCCUCCCGCCGUCGUCCGUGCGGGGAUGCCAACAGCGCCGCCAGCGGCCGCACAGCCCAGCUCAGCGACAACGGCACCUCCUCCUGCGUCCGCUGCUGCUGGUGCUGCCGCCUCCGUCUCCCCCAGGCCAAAGCCUUCCUCCAGCACGCCGCCUGCUAAGCCGGCGGCGAGCACGGGAGCGCAGUACUACGGUGCGCCGCAGACAGAGCGCGUUGCCCGCGUAGACGAGGAGGAGGAGCUGCCCCUAUAG